UGAUAUAAACUGGGUUGGGGUUGGUCUGUGGAACCUUUCGGCUUAGGACAACAGUGUAUCAAACAAACUGUACUUGAAAAAGGAAGUAAUGAAGACAGAAACCGAAAAAGUAGAACUCAGUCAAAAUCUUAAAUUACGCAGAUCUUCAGAAGAAUCAAUAUGUUGAUGUGAAAGUGUGGGUGAAGUCGUAUCAAUUAUGCAGAGAAGCAUCCGAGGAAAAAAAAUCUCAACCUCAACGAGAAUUCAUGUAUAUUAAAAAUGAAUACAAGGUGAAAACAAAUGUAGAAUAUUAAUAUGCAGAUGCUAUGCAAAGUGUGAAGUCAGUAAAUAUAUUGAACAGCAGAAAGGGGUGGCGUACACUAACUAAAAGAUUGGUUACUGUUCGUUUCUGAUUUCUUGGAGGGAAAGCGAUGCCAUUCCUUUAUCUCUUUCCAAGCUUUUGAUGAUUCUGCCGCUUAAGAGAAUUAUUAUAUUAGGUAAAGAAUAUAAAAGAAAUGUUAUUGUACGUAAAGAUAUUCUUUUAUUAGUGGAAACUUUGACAGUUCUGGUUUUACAAAAUGUCUGGACUGCAGCAAAAUCAAAGGAAAAGAAGCUCACAGAAAUGAUUGGUUUUAUAUCCUUCUCUCCCCAAGGAAAAAAAUAACAGCUUGCAUACACAUAUAUCAGUUUCUUACAUCUGUCCCCAUCUAUGUUUUCUUGUGAAAUAAAUAAUAUAUAUUAGUGUGUGUUUAAACUUUGAAUGGGAGGAUAAAGUGAUGGAAAAAUGAAACUUAAAUUUCGUAUGCAAAUUCUUCACAAAUUUAUUGGAACUGCAAAACUACACCACACAAAUUUGCAUCCAAUUCCGAAAGAAAAGAAACAAGUGAAACCCAAUAAAGUCAUUCCCAACCAUGCUUUGAAUUUGUGAUGUGUAAAAUUGGAUCAUAUUUCAGACAACACCAUUUUCCUUUCCUUACAGGGUGACCUCAUGCGUGGAAAGUGGGACAAACCCAUCUGAACCAUCCAAAAUAAAUCCUGAUUUUCUUGGGGGUAAAUGCACACCACCACCACCCUUUGAGUCUUUUGCUAACAUAGCACAAACCCAAUUUUUUCAGAGAUUACAAACACAGCACCAAUGACUCGUUAUUAACAUAAAAAUAAAGAACACCCUUUCAUUCACUGCAUUUCUUUUCCACCCUUUUUGUUAAACUUGCACCACACAAACAUACAUCCGUUUUUGUCUCAUUCAAAUUCCCUCUUCAACUUCUUCCCCUGUCACCGUCCAUUCAAUUGGUUCUCAGAGUCGUGUUCCGCGUGCAAAACUAUUCAACAGGCCCACAUUGCUCGUUUCACAGCCAUGGACUUGGCAUCACCAUCGUCAUCAUCAAUGGUACUUCCUUCAUUGCAACCCCGUAACACCCUUUCAAAAGUUUCAAUCUUCCAACAUUUAACCCCUCCGACAACCUUGUUUCCAUCACGGGCAUGUUCCGCCAAACCCUGCACCACCAUCUCUCCGGUGUCCUCAAAGUUCCCGUCUUUCCUUCGUUGCUCCACAAAACCAGACACCAGCGCCGAUAGCGAGACGCAACACAACAAGUCUAACAAUGAAGCCAAUUCAAUUUCCAACUCCCAAAGUGUUUCACAAUCAGAUUCAGCAGCAACCGAAGCCUUUUCUUCUUCACCACCUUUAGAAUCAUCACAUUCCUCUUCCUCAAGAGGGUUAGUGUUGGAUUUGGGUCCUUCAAAUGCAUGGGACAGUGCAGAUAUCGGGUCCCCAGUGGUGAAGAGGUUUCUGAGUGACGAAGAAGAGAGAUGGUACAUGUGGUACCAUGGGAGGGCCAAAGGGCACCCUUCUUUCGAUUUGAUAGGGUUGGCUAUUUCAAAAAAUGGGGUUCAUUGGGAGCGGGGAGGAGGGCCUGCUAGGUCAAGUUCUGAUGUGGGGUUUGUGAUGAGUUGUGGCAAGGAUUGGUGGGGUUUUGACACUGGUGGCAUCAGGCCUUCUGAGAUGGUUAUAAUGUCUAGCUCCAAGGUUAGGGCUUCCAGUGCGGUUUACUGGCUUUACUACACUGGUUAUGUUUCUGAGAGGGUGGAAUUUUCUGAUCAAUCUUUGGAGUUCAAUUUGGAAAACCCUGAUGGAAUCAAUGGUGAUGUCAGUUGUGGUAGUAGGAAGGUUUUGAAGUCCUUGCCUGGUUUGGCUAUUAGUCAGGAUGGGAGGCAUUGGGCUAGGAUUGAAGGGGAGCAUCACAGUGGAGCAUUGAUUGAUGUUGGGUCUGGAAAAGAGUGGGAUUCUUUGUUUAUUUCUUCUCCGCAAGUUGUUUACCAUGGGAAUGGUGACCUCAGGAUGUAUUAUCACUCAUUUGAUGUAGAAAAGGGGCAUUUUGGUAUAGGCAUUGCCAGAUCAAGGGAUGGAAUUAGAUGGGUGAAGUUGGGGAAAAUCAUGGGGGGAGGGAGAGAUGCCUCCUUUGAUGAGUUUGGAGCAAUGAACCCGUACGUGACAAGGAACCGGAAUGGCGAGAACUAUGUGAUGGCAUAUGAAGGUGUUGCUGCUGAUGGGAGGAGGAGCAUUGGUAUGGCUGUAUCUCCUGAUGGAUUGAAGGAAUGGAUGAGGCUUCAGGAUGAGGCAAUUUUAAGGCCUUCAGACCAAGGUUGCUGGGAUGAUAAGGAUGUUGGAUCCCCAUGUUUGGUCGAAAUGGAUACUGAAGGAAAUGAGUGGAGAUUGUAUUAUAGAGGUGUUUCCAAUGGAGGAAGAAUUGGAAUAGGAAUGGCUGUUUCAGAAGGGAAGGAUAUUGGAAGUUUUAGAAGAUGGAAAGUUUUCCGGGUAUAAUAAGCUAGUUGCAUGCAAUGUUUCGUUUACAGUUAUUUAAACAUAGUUUCUAUUCUUUGUGAAUUGAACUUUUUUUUUUCUGGGUUUAUAAGAGUAGUUUUGUAUUUAGCCUUAUUGUUGUACAGUAAGUUUUGAAUUUGUCCUAAUUUUUGUAAUUAAUGUAAGUCUUAUUGCUCUGAAAAGCAGCAGUAAUCUCCAAGCCUUAAAAUUAACUUGUCACCUAAUACAAUGUCGGAGAGCAAAUAUGUAAGACACAAUCUAACAUUCUGUUUUCGUUUUAUUGUCCUGUGAUUGAUCCUUUGAUUUAUGGUGUAACAAAAUUUCUUCUCAAGAACUUCCAAAAUUGCAAUGCGGUCCCCUGUCUAGUAAAUGCCAUGCUUGAGAUUUAACUCUGUAUAGUAACUGUGCUGUACAAAUGACCUCAAUGAAAGACCACUUAAUUCUAUAAUC